AAGCGCGUGUUGUUGCGGUUGUGUGGUUGGUUUUGUUAUUGGUGGGUGUAGAGAAGGGUGUCCUCAAGCGGACGUGCAGCUGAAGAUCGUCUCGAAAGACAAUUGCUGCAGAUCAAAUCGUGUCCCUAGGGACCGUAGGGCUAUAAGGACAGAACUGACAUCGUCGAGGAAGCAGUUAUAUUAAGUAGUUGGUGUGAUGGGUGGUGGGCGUGGUGGUGGUAGGGUAGGCCAGGGUGGUUUAUAGGACGGCCGGGCGGUGCCUCAAUAUGAGGCGCGGUAGUGCGAUGGUUCAGGGUCCUGGGGGUACAAGAAUAACUGAAUCGAGGGUAGAGAUCCCAGAUGAAAGUAUCCUGUGGGCGUGAGUGCUCACGGCGUGAGCGCGGACACACAGCCAAGGAUUUGAUUGAGGUGGACGAGCAGAUGACGUCGAACUUAGCGUGGCGCAGGGAAAUGUCGAAAACAGACGAAAAGGACGGGAGAGAGGGAGGGAAGGAAAGGAAAAAAAGGAACAACAGGCGAAGGAGGGAGCUGGGAUUGAUGCUAGGACAGCGAGGGAACUUUAACGGGUUCUGGUUUUAUUCUUGGUGGAUUCGAGGAGGGAGGUGGGAUGAAAAUUCAGGAUUUUCGGAAGGCCGAGGGCUUGGGUGGGCUUCCGUUUUGCUUUCUGGGGCGAGUAAGGGCAGGGAGCAAAGGCAGCAGAUGGAUAUGUACUCGACCUUGUGCUGGGGCAGACCUGACAAGUCGGUCGAGGUGACAACCUGGGAACAAAGGCAACCAGAAAUGUGGGAGGAGGAGGAGAAGGGGGGGGGUGGGGUGUGAGAGCGAGGGUGAGGGAGUGUGAGUGUGAGUGUGAGUGGCGACGGGUAGCGGCCGCGACUAGUGGAGAGGUCAGUCGGCCAGUUUUUCCAAGGGCAAAU